AUGAUUCUCCGUAGAGUUGAAUCUAUCCCAGGAGAAUGCAGAGUGCCCGAGCUUCUUGCCGGCAUCAUAAUACCCCAGAUAUUGGCCUUAUUCUUCAUCGCAGGACGAAUCCAUACCCGUGUGAGGAUUCUCAAAUUAUGGAGUUUGGACGACAGUCUGAUAGUGAUCGCCUGGAUCAACGCGGUACCUAUAACCAUCUUGUAUGGUGUUGCUACGAAAUAUGGCCACGGCUACCACAUGAAGAAUGUACCUUUCGAGCUGCUGAAGGUAUCCUUCACCAUCGUCUACGUCACGCUCAUCUUCUAUCAGUUGGCACUUGCUUUCACCAAACUGUCAAUUCUAGUCUUCUACCUCCGCGUCUUUCCUGGUAAACGGGAGAGAAUAAUGUGCUGGACGACAAUUGCAAUCGUGAUUGCAUACAGCACAGCCCUUCUGAUUGCGGACAUUCUAUCGUGCCAAUCCAUCGGAGGCCGCUCUUACUUUGGCCCCAACGUAAAGUGUACCAGUCUACGGACUAUCCUUGUCACAUCGACGAUUUGCCACACCAUAACGGACGUGUGGAUCAUCGUGAUGGUCCUUCCUGUCAUCUGGAAGCUGCAGCUUCCUCGAGGCCAGAGAUACUCUCUCAUGGCUGUGCUCAGUCUAGGAAUCCUGGUCACUGUGGCCUCCAUCGCACGCGCUUCAGCCAUCGGCCGAGUGAGCAACACCAACCAUGACUUGACCUGGUUCGUUGCCGAAUUCGAUAUAUGGACGAUCGUGGAGGUUUGCGUCGGGCUGAUCUGUGCAUGCGCGCCGACGCUACGUCCGCUUCUGCUCAAGAUCUUCCCUGUGUUUAUGGCGAGUCACUCAGGCCAAAGUAAAGCACGCUUCAGCAAGCAUUCGGCUAGAGUCUUGUCUGGGAGAGUCAUUGAGCUCAGUGAGCAGGAGCCUGCGUCGGACGGACGCAUACUUCAGGGCCGCGAAGGGUCUUGGAGAGAGUCUCGGGGAGUGGAUAAGUGGGACACGGGUAUCACAGCAGAUCCUCAACUUCCUUAUUCUUCCUUGAGAUAA